CAUCUGUCUAACAACCAUAUUGGUAGGAAAUCACAGGGUAACCUAUCCUUAGAGUGUAAAUGGCAAGGCUGCUCUGUCAAGGUCGGAAAAAGAGACCAUAUGACUUCUCACAUUCGAGUACACGUUCCAUUAAAACCGCACAAAUGUAGCGAAUGCUCGAAACAGUUCAAGCGUCCACAAGAUCUUAAGAAGCACGAGAAGACACACUCACGUGGGUAA